GCGCGCGCGCCGCCAGCGGUAGCGGACCUUGAGUGGCAGGGGGCGGGGGGGGGCGCCCUCGGAGCCGGGCGGAGGGGAGGGGGGAAAAGAGGAGCGCAGGGUGAGAGUGAGCCGGACGCUCCGGGAGGCGAGGGGGGCGGGGGGAGUAGCGCCGCGGCCGCCGCUACCUCCGCCUCCGUCGUCUGAGACGAGGGGGUGGGGGACGGACAAGCCCCGAUGCCGGGGGAGACGGAAGAGCCGAGACCCCCGGAGCAGCAGGACCAGGAAGGGGGAGAGGCGGCGGCGGCCAAGGCGGCUCCGGAGGAGCCCCUGCAACCGCCCCUUGAGGCGGCGGCGGCGGCGCCUGCGGGGACCACUAGCAGCCGCGUACUAAGGGGUGGUCGGGACAGAGGCCGGGCCGCUGCGGCCGCCGCCGCCGCCGCCGCUGCCGCUGUGUCCCGCCGGAGGAAGGCCGAGUAUCCCCGCCGGCGGAGGAGCAGCCCCAGCGCCAGGCCUCUGGACGUCCCAGGGCAGCAGCCCCAGGCCACGAAGUCCCCGUCUCCAGUUCAGGGCAAGAAGAGUCCGCGACUCCUAUGUAUAGAAAAAGUAACAACAGAUAAAGAUCCCAAGGAAGAGAAAGAAGACGACAAUUCUGCCCUCCCUCAGGAAAUUUCCAUUGCUGCAACUAGACCUAGCCGGGGCUGGCGCAGUAGUAGCAGGACAUCCAUCUCUCGCCAUCGUGACACAGAGAACACCCGAAGCUCUCGGUCCAAGACUGGUUCACUGCAGCUCAUCUGCAAGUCAGAACCAAAUACAGAUCAGCUUGAUUAUGAUGUUGGAGAAGAGCAUCAGUCUCCAGGUGGCAUUAGUAGUGACGAGGAAGAGGAGGAAGAAGAGAUGUUAAUCAGUGAAGAGGAAAUACCAUUCAAAGAUGACCCAAGAGAUGAGACCUACAAACCCCACUUAGAAAGGGAAACCCCAAAGCCACGGAGAAAAUCAGGGAAGGUGAAAGAAGAGAAAGAGAAGAAGGAAAUUAAAGUGGAAGUAGAGGUAGAAGUGAAAGAAGAAGAAAAUGAAAUUAGGGAGGAUGAGGAACCUCCUAGGAAGAGAGGAAGAAGGCGAAAAGAUGACAAAAGUCCACGUUUACCCAAAAGGAGAAAAAAACCUCCAAUCCAGUAUGUCCGGUGUGAGAUGGAAGGAUGUGGAACUGUUCUUGCUCACCCUCGCUAUUUGCAGCAUCACAUUAAAUACCAGCAUUUGCUGAAAAAGAAAUAUGUAUGCCCCCAUCCCUCCUGUGGACGACUCUUCAGGCUACAGAAGCAACUUCUGCGACAUGCUAAACAUCAUACGGAUCAAAGGGAUUAUAUCUGUGAAUAUUGUGCUCGGGCCUUUAAGAGUUCCCACAAUCUGGCAGUGCACCGGAUGAUUCACACUGGCGAGAAGCCAUUACAGUGUGAGAUCUGUGGAUUUACUUGUCGACAAAAAGCAUCCCUUAAUUGGCACAUGAAGAAGCAUGAUGCAGACUCCUUCUACCAGUUUUCUUGCAAUAUCUGUGGCAAAAAAUUUGAGAAGAAGGACAGUGUAGUGGCACACAAAGCAAAAAGCCACCCUGAGGUGCUGAUUGCAGAAGCUCUGGCGGCCAAUGCAGGCGCCCUCAUCACCAGCACAGAUAUCUUGGGCACUAACCCAGAGUCCCUGACACAGCCUGCAGAUGCUCAGGGUCUUCCUCUUCUUCCUGAGCCCUUGGGAAACUCAACCUCUGGGGAGUGCCUGCUGCUGGAAGCUGAAGGGAUGUCAAAGUCAUACUGCAGUGGGACAGAACGGGUGAGCCUGAUGGCUGAUGGGAAGAUCUUUGUGGGAAGCGGCAGCAGUGGGGGCGCUGAAGGGCUGGUCAUGAACUCGGAUAUACUCGGUGCUACCACAGAGGUUCUGAUUGAAGAUUCAGACUCUACUGGACCUUAGUGGACGGGAAGACUUGGGGCACUGGGACAGCUCAGACUUUGUAUUUAAAAGUUAAAAAGGACAAAAAAAAAAAAAUUUAAGCAUUUAAAAUCUAGUAAAAUAACUGAAGGGCCUGCUCUUUCCAUUGUGGAUCACAGCACACAUAUAUACACACACACCCCCAUCCCCAUCCUCAUCCCCUGUUCUCCCUCUAUUGUCCCCCUUAUAAAAUUGAUAAUGUCUUUACCAGAAAGGUAGACAAAAAAGCAGCAGAAGCUCUUAAAGUGAGAGCUCAUACUUACUUCCAGCCAGCAGCAGGCUUCCUGCUCAUUGGCAGAUCCCCUUUUCCAACCUAUAACUCCGAUGUGCUCUGGAUCAGCUUUUAACUCUCAAUAGUAUAUUACUGUCUUCUAAAUCCCUUCUCCUUCUCGACUGCUGCCCUAUGGUUCUGGCUUCUACCCACUGUGGCACACUUAUCCUCAAAUAUCAUAUAAUUCUAAUCUCUGGAGGCUGGCAGCUUGACUUGGCACUUUAGGGUCCCUUAGCAGGGUGAGCUGUUAAAACACACAUCUCUUACCCCCUCUUCCUCCAUUCCCCACUGGGUUUCAGAAAGGAAGAAUACAUGGGGACCACCUCCCUCCUCUUUGAUCCCAGCAUCUCAGUCCCCCUCCCAACCCUCCAUGUGGCUCUCAAUGGUGCUCACUUGCUUGGAAGCAGGCUCCCCAGAGGGAGGGGGCUGCCCUCUACACAGUCUCUUUGACUGUAAGACAGGGCUCUUUAUCGGUGAGACGGUGAGAAAAGUCCCAGGCUAAUGGCAAAAAUUUGCACUUUGAACAUGUGUGUCUUUGUGUUGUGGAACCUGAGAUUCCUUAUUUAUUAACAGAAAGUCUGAUUUUUUUUUUUUUUUUUUGGUCUUUAUUGCUAUAUUUUGCGGGGCUGGGCUGAGAGAGAUUAGAUUAUUCUGGCAUGGGAUCCUUUCCACAAGAGGUACUUUGAAGACAAGACAUAGAGUUGAAGAAGCACAGCCAGCCUCUGAAAUCAGCUCUCCAGUGGCCUUUAAAGAAAGCUGGUCCUCAGCACUAACAAAAUCACUACAAUAGACUAGUGCUUUUUUGGAAGUCUUUUUAGGGAAGGAUGUUAGGUUUGUGGUAACUAGUAUGCUCUUUAAGAUUUUUAGAGCAUUGAGAUAUAGGAAUUUUGAGGGGACGAGGAGGGUUUUUCAGUAUCUAAAUUACAGAUAAAGGAUUUUCUCUUGUGAAAUUGUUUCUUUUCUUGUCCCCAUCAUUUUCUUCCAUACACCUCCCUAUUGGCUCAACUCUAGCCCCUUGCCUUGUUUUUGUUUCUUGCUUUGCUUUAUCAUUGGUUCAUUCCAGCUCCCUAUUAGUGAAGGACACUGCUGCUUAGUGAAGGAACAAAAUCUACAAGUCCUAAGGUUUUAUGUCAAAGAAAACUGUUCUGUUUUGUUAACGCUUUAGAAGAAGAAAGGCUUCAAUAGACAAAUUAAUAAUUUUUAUAAUAAUGGCUUUGGCUUUCACCUGAAAUUCUGGGAAUUACCACUUUCCUUGAGAUACAGAUUUUUCAUGGGGUAUAGAUUGCUUAUUACUGUCCAUGAGAGAGACAGGUAGUUCAUAACUUCCAAAAGACUAAAAACCUAUUUUGGCUCAUUUUUAGAGAAUUGCAAGGGCAAUUCUUAUCCUUCUGUGUACCUUAGAGGCUGGAAUUGAAGGCUUACCCUAUUCAUUGUUUAUUGUCAGAAAUAUAUGAUGGCUAUUGGAAAGAAUGAAGUUUUGCUGAAAAAAAAAAUAAGUGACAGCUUGUUUUUCACAAACACUAAAACUACAGAGUUUAUCAAUUUUAUUUUUUAUUUAUUUUUCUCCCAAAAAGGGGGGCAACAAAAUGUCAUUUCUGAAAGAGGCGUACUUUACACCCACUCAUGUCAGUGGUUGGGAUGCCAGAAAUAGGGAGUGAAACACCUACGACAAACAGUCUUAAAUGCACUAUUGUUUCUUUUCAGAUUGUUGCAGAUUUGCCAUCCCUCCGAUGUGGGGGUAGAAUAUGCUUUCCUACCCACAGUAAGGGUUUGGAGUUGACUUGGGUAUUUUGAGUAUAUUUGAAAAUAGUACAAGAUUGAUUGGAUGGGCCUACAAAAAAGUUUUCUACUCUUGAAUAAGUCCAUUUUAUACUGUUUCACUAGCUAGCAUCUCUAUCUCACACUUAGCUUUUAUCUUUGUCACACUUUUUUUGCCUCCAUAAAUUUCAUUUGCACUGCUUAGUCAUCAGAUAUUUUAGACACCUACACAAACAAAAGCAAACUGCAUUUUAAAAAAUUUCUCUCUGAGAUGGGUAAAAAUAUUAUCCUUUCCUAUACUAUUCUCCCCUUUCACAAAAAGCAACUAGUUAGUUCUACUAAUUAAAAACUUCUUGCUUUUUUUCCCUUUCUUCUUUUCUUUUCUUUUUCUUUUUUUUUUUUUUUGUAUUCAUAGUUACCAUUUACCUAUAAUAAAUUAUUGUGGCAGUUUGCAAAAAAUUUUAAAAUAUCUUUCAUAGACUUGUGAGAAAGGGGUGCUAGCAUAGUAAACAGUAGGUAUAAAUAAACUAUUAAUAUAUAAGCCCUCUUCAUGUUUUCCAUUCUGCUCCACAUGCUGCUUAUUUCAUUGUUUUUCCAGGGAGCUUUUUGAAUCUUAAAAUUCUACAUUUUGUACUCUUGGUCAAAUUCUGUUACCUUUUUAAUAACUUUUCCCACUGCAUAUUCUUCGUUUUGAAUUGGCAAUUCUAAAUUCUGAAAAUGUAAUUAAGAUACAACUCAAUAUUUCUGGGAGAUGUGCUUCCCUCUUGUUUGUGGUUGCCCCGGUUAUUUAGCAUAGUUGAGACUCCUUCUUAAAAUACUUCAGAGAGUUUAGACAAACACUGGCGUGGGAGUCCUGGGAGCAAAAAAAAUUAUUAAGGUAUAGAAAAGCAUCCACAUAGAACACUCAAUCCUCCUUUGUACCUGUUUGGAGAAAAAAUAUAAAGAGUAUACUACUAAGGUUAUUACAGUCUGGUUGUUUGAAAUACCAUUUCUUCCUCUUUCUCUGUCUUUUUCUCACUUUCCAAUGUACUCAAGAAAAUUGAAAAAAUGUAAUGAAUCAAUUUAAAAUAUUUUAUUUCCUAGAAGCCUUUUUGCCUGUUGUAAUGUGCAGGACCCUUCUCCUUUGGUGGGAGAGACAGGUAGUUACCUGAAUCUAGGUUGAAGAGGUUAUGUAAAAAGAAAUUAUAAUAAAAGGGAUACUUUGCUUUUCAAA